AUGUCUCAGUUCAUGGCAGCAUUAUCAUUUCUUGCACUGGCUCAGCGCUCUAGUGAGUGCAUUCCUACUACAACCACCCCGGCCUGCUGCACGAUGCUUUCACAAUCAGCGCUACCUCGACGGGCACCGUCGUCCACCACAUUCCAGCAAUGCUCGAUUCUACGACGGGUUAGCUCAACAUGCCCCACAGACGGCUUUGUAUUUUGCGACGCCGCUCCCGACACAAACCCUUCCACCAUGCAAAUUGAGUUCUUCAAUGUGUCAGGACAAGUCGUGCGUACCAUCCAACGAGAUGGAACUACUCUGACUGCUCGGGUAUCCUGUUCACAGACCGGAUCAACGGGUUCAGAUGAGGGUUAUGUAGUCGGUGAAGCGUCAGAUUAA